AUGGUGGCUCGAGCUUGUCAAGUCAUGCCUGCUUCUCACCCCAACGUCGUCUUGCGCUUUUUUUUCCUGUUUUACACCCAAUGGCUGAGUCGCCACGAUCAUAUCUCGCCGGUGUAUAUCACCGCAUCGCUACAGCCCCGAAGUCGUAUUCCGGGUCUUCCGGACUCCUGGGGUUCGCAGCGUGAGGAGUGUCGUGACGAUCUGUUGCCUGUUAUCAAUCCCGCCUACCCGUAUGUCAACGACGCCCGCAAUGUCGGUCGCUGUGGUUUGGAGGUUUUUUACGCCGAGUUAACAUCCGCGCAUCGUCUUCUGUCCAACGCGGAGACGCCGCUAGAGCAGAUAUGGAAGCCCUAUCGCAUAUGGGAGGAUUAUGCCACUUUUCUCGUGGUCCAUGUUUCCUGCGAAGAGGAAACGGAGGAAAAAGCGGAGGUGGCACUGGCCGCAUGGAGCUCCUACGUGAUGAGUAAACUUCGGAUGCUGAUUUACGCCGUUGAGCGACUUGUGGACGCGCGUCCGUACCCUCGUAAGGUGAAUGAUGCCUCAUUGAGAGGUGGGACACACUCCAACCGAUGUUUGAAAGGUAGUUGUUUUCUUAUAGGGAUAAGUGAUAGAAAGGGUAGUAGACUUGUACGUAAAAACACCUUUUCCGAAGCGUUUGACGAGCUAAGGUAUGCCGUGUUGGAGGGUUGCACCGCAAAGAAGGGUGGGCGGGGAUUUGAGCGUGACGAGCGCACCAUGCACGAGCCGUGGUUUGCGCUGGUCGCAGCUGCUGAUCUCCCGUCCAUUUUAGGGACUUAA